UCUAUGCCGUCCCUGAAGAGGACUGAUGCUGGACUGUAUCAGUGUAUGGUGAGGAACAGGAUGGGAGCAGUAAUACACAGGAGAACGGAGGUGCAGGUGGCCUUUCUGGGUAACUUCUUGGCCGAAGAGCAGAGAAAGACGGUGACUCAGGGCCGAGCAGCCCUCAUCAACCCUCCUCCCCUCGCUUCGUUUCCUCAACCAUUGGUCACAUGGUACAAAGAUGGACACAAGAUAAUCCCCAACAACCGAAUAACAAUCACUUUGGACAAUCAGCUGGUUGUCUUGGCAACCGCCGCAACGGACGCCGGACGUUAUCAUGUAGAGGCGGUGAACGCGCUGACCGGCGAGACUGUGACGAGUCCUGCUGUCUACCUGAGCAUCUCAGAUCCCGAGUCAGAACCAGUGGUUCCAGCUAUCGUGAUUGGCCCAAAAGACACAACAGUGGUGGCUGGAAAUGAAGCAAUACUGGAGUGCAUUGCUAAUGCUAGACCAGUGGACCGCCUUCUGGUGUCGUGGAAGCGUGAUGGGCGUCGGCUUUCCAGUGGGCAACGGCUCAUUAUUCCUGCCCCCACCUCUUCUGACACAGGCUUAUAUGUUUGUGAAGCGUCGUUUAGCAACAGCACUGCCAAACCCGUGGAGACAAAAGCGCACCUCACUGUAAUGGAACCGCCCUCUCUGACCGCUCAGCCAAAAAGUAAGAUCUUUGGAGAGCUCGACAGGAAUGCGGAGAUCCCAUGCCUGGCUGCAGGUGUGCCUCAGCCCAGGAUUGAGUGGUAUAAGGACACGGUGCCUCUUUCCAAACUGGCCAAUCCUCGCUACAAGGUCAGCGCAGCAAACGGGCUGACUGUGCGCAGGGUGCAGCCGGGAGACGGAGGAAUAUUCCAGUGCUUUGCUCGCAACCCUGCUGGAGAGGCUCAAGCACAGACACAGCUCUUUGUCUCCAGUGUGCCCCCCACAUUUGCAUCACCUCCCUCUGACCAAACAGUGACUGAUGGCAACACAGCCUUGUUUACCUGCCAGACGAACGGAGCUCCAAAACCUGCUAUUACCUGGAGGAAAGGAUCGCAGGUCUUAGCCAGCGGCUCUGUCCAGGUUCCCAGGUUCACGCUGUUGCAGUCAGGUGGUCUGCAGUUUCAGCCAGUCAGCUUCCAGGAUUCAGGAGAAUACACCUGCAUCGCCUCCAACAUGGAGGGAACCAUCAACGCCACAGCUACGCUCACCGUGUGGAAUCGCACAGUCAUUUCUGUGCCUCCAACAGACCAGCGUGUUAUCAAAGGAACCACUGCUACUCUCAAGUGUGACGCUACACACGACCCCAGAAUCAGUAUCAGCUAUAAAUGGGAGCGAAGCGGCAUGCCGGUUCUUCCGACCAGUGGGGGGCGCGUGUCUGUACGCCAAGGCCUUCUCACUAUUAGCCAGACGUGGUCAGGUGAUAUCGGGGAUUACACCUGCACUGUGACAUCACAAGCUGGCAAUGACUCCCGCCCCGCACGCCUGGAAGUCAUUGAGCUUCCACAUUCUCCUCGCUCCCUGACGGCUCGCCUCAAUGAUUCGGACUCCCGCUCCGUUCUCCUGUCCUGGCUACGCCCUUUCGACGGGAACUCCCCUCUUCUGUACUACGUGCUGGAGCUCUCAGAGAACAACUCGCCAUGGAAGGUCUACCUAUCAGAGGUUGAUCCUGCAGUGACCAAGGUAUCAGUGGGCGGGCUCACACCUGCCAGAACCUACCAGUUUAGACUCUGUGCUGUCAAUCAAGUGGGCAGGGGUCAGUACAGCGCCGAGACGCAGAGGCUCAUGCUAAGAGAGGAGGCACCCAGCGCUCCUCCGAAAAAUAUUGUGGCCAGUGGGCGCACAAACCAGUCCAUAAUGGUCCAGUGGCAGCCUCCACCAGAGCCCCAGCUUAAUGGCGUCCUCAGAGGAUAUGUACUCAGGUACCGUCUGGCAGGGCUGCCAGGAGACUACCAGGAGAAGAACAUCAGCAGCCCAGAGACCAACUACUGUCUGCUGAAAGAUCUGAUCAUCUGGACGCAGUACCAGAUCCAGGUGGCCGCCUACACAGGAGCAGGCCUGGGUGUCUACAGCAGUCCUGUCACUGAGUACACACUGCAGGGAGUUCCCACAGCACCUCCGCAGGAAGUCCAAGUUGUUGCUAUAAAUUCAACUACUAUCCAAUUCACUUGGAACCCUCCACCUCAGCAAUUCAUUAAUGGCAUCAACCAGGGGUACAAGCUGCUAGUGUGGCCAGAGCAGUCUCCAGAGGACGUUACUAUAGUAACCAUCACCCCAGACUACCCCAGUUCACGCCACACAGGGUUGGUCAGCGGCCUCAAGAAAUUCACCUGGUACUAUGGCUCUACCCUCUGCUUCACAACGCCUGGAGAUGGUCCCCGUAGCCCGCCCACUCUGGUGCAGACGCAUGAGGACACCCCUGGACGUGUUCGCCGUGUAAGCUUCACUGAAAUCUUGGACACAUCGCUCAGAGUCAGCUGGGCAGAACCUGAAGAUAAGAACGGCAUCAUCACCGGUUACAUGCUGUGGUGGGAAGUGCCGAAUGUGGAGUCAAGUCGCGAGGAACGCUCCUUGCCCAACUCCACCCUGCAGUACCAGCUGACCGGCCUCACCUCCACCACCGUGUACACAAUACAAGUGGCUGCGCUCACUGCUGCAGGACGGGGCGUGGUCACAUCCUCCACCAUCUCCACCGGGGUCCCACCAGAACUUCCUGGUGCUCCUUCAAACUUAGUCAUCUCCAACAUCAGCCCUCGGACCGCAACGGUGAGAUUUCGACCCGGUCCUGAUGGCAAGACUGCCAUAUCACGGUGGAUAGUUGAAGGACAGGUGGUGAAGGAUGAUGGAAAAGAGGAGGAGUGGAAAGUUGUGUACCAAAAAGACAACCAGCCAGAUGCAGACACUCUGGAAAUCCCAGACCUCACUCCUUUCACUCAGUACAGGUUCAGGAUGCAGCAGGUGAACAUCGUCGGAUCCAGUCCCAUGAGCGCCCCCUCUAGGCUGAUUCAGACCUUACAGGCUGCCCCAGACACACACCCCUCUGACCUCAGCCUUCUGUCUGCUACACAGACCAGCCUGCGAUUCAGGUGGAAGCCUCUUUCAGAAUCUGAGUACAACAGCAGUCCAGAGACUGUGGGCUACCGUCUGCGGGUGUCCAAGACAGACGGUCAGGGGGAGAACAGGAAUGAGGAUGUGAAGGGUACUGGGGGCACCAGUGAGGCCACAUUAGAAGGUCUAAAUCCCUUUACCCAGUACCAGGUUCAGAUACAAGCCCUCAACUCUAUAGGACCAGGACCGUGGAGUCAAACUGUCGCAGCACAGACCACAGAAUCUGUUCCAUCUGGAUCUCCAGUGAAUGUGACUGCCGAGGCAGUGAGUUCCAGCAAGAUCCUGCUCAUGUGGUCUGCUCUCCCUCAGUCACAGAAGAAUGGAGUCAUUCUGGGAUAUAAGGUUUUAUACAGCAAGAAAGACUCAGAAGGUCCCCCCAGUGUUCAGGUGGCAGAAGGAGAGGGGAGUGUGUCGCUGCUCCUCGGGGCCCUCCAAAAAUACACAGUGUAUGUGCUGCAGGUGCUGGCAUACACACGUAUGGGUGACGGCCCACCCAGCAACCGCAUACUGCUAAGAACCAAAGAAGAUGUCCCAGGACCCCCUGUCAGGAUGGUGUUUCCAGAAGUUCGAUUGUCAUCCGUUAGGGUGGUUUGGCAGCCACCUGCAUCCCCCAACGGCAUCAUAUUAGGCUACCAGAUCUCCUACCGCCUCGACAGCAGGGACCCUCUGCGCUGGACUACAGUGGAGGUGGGGUCCAAUGCUCGGCAGUUCACCGUCACAGGACUUUCCUCUGAGCAGAGCUACGUUUUCCGACUCAUUGCUCGCACUGCCGUGGGCUGGGGUGCAGGACAGGAAGCUGUGGUUGUUACCACUGAACGCAGAGAGCGUCCCCUCCCACCCAGGAAAUUGUCCGUUCCUCAAGAUGAGGUUGAAUCUCGCCAACUCCGCAUCCAUUGGGUGACCGGUGGCUCAGCCUCCUCGCCGCUGAGGUACUUUACUCUGCAAAUCAAGGAGCUGCCCAACGGCGACUGGAAAACCCACACAGCUGACAUCCUGCAUAACAUGACCUCCUGGACUGUUGACAGGCUGAAGCCCUUCACUUCUUACAAGUUUCGUAUGGUUGCCACCAAUGACGUAGGAGACAGCGUCCCCAGCAGAGAGACGGAGGCUGCCACCACUUUGCAGGACGUGCCUAAUGAGCCUCCAGUGAUUCUCUCAGUGAAGCCGACAACUACUACCUCAGUGCUGGUGCACUGGAAGCGUCCCAGCGAUGACAGCGUUAAUGGAGUUUUGACUGGAUACCGGCUCUAUUAUAGAGAGCUCCCGGCAAACGCUUCCACUCUCACCGAAGCAGAAGUCCAGACAACCAAAAACAACACAAGUGCCCUCAUUACAACCAAGAGCACCUUCAAGACGGUCAGCAGUGACUCGCUCACAGAGUUUGAGUUGACACAACUGAAGAAGUUCAGACGCUAUCAGAUUGUCAUGACAAGCUACAAUAUCAUCGGAGAGAGCCCACCCUCCAACCCAGUUGAAGUGUCUGUCGGAGAGGCAGCUCCAUCGGUGGCCCCGCAGUCCAUCACAGUGUCCGCCGUGUCUCCCUCCACCCUGGAAGUGACCUGGGACACGCCCCCACUCGAGACUCAGAACGGACUCAUUCAAGGAUACAAGAUCCACUACUGGGAGAGAGACCAGCAGAACCAGAGUGAGAAGGUGAAGGUGAUUUUUGUCCCGGACACCCGUGUGCACCUCACUAACCUGUCCAGCUACACAUCUUACCUGAUCACACUGACAGCCUUCAACAUGGCUGGAGAUGGACCGCCCAGUGACCCCCGCGGGGCCCGGACCCUGCCGUCAGCUCCCAGCCAGCCGAGUCUCCUGUCUUUCUCUGAGGUGACGGGAGGAAGUGUCAACGUAUCCUGGGGAGCUCCACUCAGUCCUAAUGGACAGGUGGAAGGCUACAGGGUCAUUUACGAGCCCACUUCUCCUAUACAAGGGGUGACUAAAUUGGUGACAGUUGAUGUGAAAGGCAGUUGGCAGCGGUGGCUGAAGGUUCGGGACCUGAUCAAAGGAGAAACUUACACUUUUAGUGUUCAAGCUCUCACAGUCAGCUACGGCCCACCAAUACAGGCAAACAUCACUGCUCAGCCUGUGAAAGGCUCCCCUGGGUCACCCAUGGACAUGUCCAUCACCAAGACUUCCUCUGACCUCACUAUCCAGUGGUCAGAAGGAGACGUCGGUGAAGCCUCUGUUACCGGAUACACUAUUGAGGCUCGUCCCUCAGAUGAGGGGGUGUGGGAUUCCUUCAUCCGAUUUCUCCCACCGAGCAGCAGGUCUGUCUCAGUGCCGCUGGAGCGCCUGAGGUCGGGGAUCAGCUACGAGUUCAGAGUCAUCGCUGUUAAUAGCUAUGGUUAUGGACAGCCAAGUGCACCCUCUGCUGCUCUCGCUGCGAUGUCGGAUCGGCCCUUCUACGAGGAGUGGUGGUUCUUGCUGGUCAUGGCAUUGGUGGGACUCAUCCUCAUCCUGGUCCUGGUCUUCACGCUGCUGCUGCAUGGACACAGCAGCAAGUACAAGGCAUGCGGGACAGGGAAGCACGUGUCCACCGCAGAGGAGUCUGUAACGCUGGACAAUGGAGGUUUCACAGCUCUGGAGCUUAACAGCAGGACGCUCAACACCAAGAACUCCUUCCUGAAAAAGAACGGGACCAGGUCUCCUCCAAGGCCCAGUCCAGGUGGACUUCACUACUCUGAUGAAGAUAUCUGCAACAACUACAAUGGAGCUGUGCUCACUGAGAGCACCACACUCACUGAGAAACCCACUGAGGUCUCUGAGUCAGAGCUGACAGACAGCGACUACGAGGACGAGCAGCCGAAGCACUCCUUCGUUAACCACUACAUGAGCGACCCCACCUACUACAACUCCUGGAAGCGGCAGCCCAAGGGGCUUAAAGGCAUCGGCACGUCUUUUGGCUAUGAGGAGUGCGCCACCGCAGAUACAGAACCCUACUACCAGACCGUGGUCACCCAGCACAGCACAGGGGGCGCGUACACACCCACGGGGCAGCCGGCGCACACGCACGUUAAUCCCAACACCAACCCGCCAGGGUCACGCACGCCUGUGACGGGAUUCUCCUCAUUCGUUUGACUCUAGAGACAAAAUCCGCACAAGAUACUAUUCACACAUGUACACAUGUAUUGAAGGAAAGGAGAGCGCCGGCGUGCGUUUGGACUAAAGGAGACAGAGGACGAGGUGAGGAGACGUGGGACGGAUUGGUGUUGAAUCACCCCUUCAUGCCCCGAAGGACUAAACUUAAACUUCUCACUCGCCUUCUCCCCCCGUUCACGCAGGCCCCAAGUCGACGGGGGUGUGUGUGUGUGUGUGUGUGUGUGUGUGCAGCUCUUUUACGCCUCUGUGUCACUGUGCUCACAAACACACAUUCACCACCUGAUAUUCCUGCCUAUUCCAGAGACGCUCCGCCGAGAGUGAUGACUAGAUUAGUCACUAUGUGUUAUUGUCAAAGAGAGAAUUCAACCUCAAGCUGAUGGAUCCUGGGAUUUCAGCACAAAGAUUAUCCUCUGUUUUCUGUAUUUUACACAUAAGUGCACAAGAACGCACACACUCACACUCUCUCUCUGAUGCACCAUUUCAGUAUCUCCCACUGGGAGAGAGAAGCUUCAAGGUUGAGGAGAGUUGUUAAGAGACGGCACAGAACGGAGCAGCUUUUGUUCACAGGCUGGUUCACGUACACAAAUUCGGAGCUGUCAGCUUUAAAAGACCACCACAGAAGAAGAAAACAAUCGAUAAUCACAGUUGUUUUUUUGUUUUUUAACUUGAAAAGGAUAGAGAGUGAGCGUGGCAGGGCUUCUUUGGCAUUCAGCAUCCAUAAUAAGGGUGCUGAGUGCUUUCUGAGAACAGUGUGGACUAAAUGGAAACCAUGUUUUUUUUAACCGUCUACUGCCUGUUAUCAGUGCUCCCAAGCCAUAAUACUUGCACUGAGUUGACCCCUUCUCUGCUUUCUCCACCCUCCACACACACACUUCAUAUCUGUUCUGUUCGAGGUUACAUUUUUAAAUAAAAUGAAUUUCACUGUGAGACGUGUGCGUACGAGCAUGCGUGUGAGUUGCUAAUUUCAGAAGCUUGUUCAUCCGUCCGUGUAGUUCACUGCUGAGCAAAGUGUGCCACUGUGCGUAUGUUUGUAUAUUUUGUGAGAUGGAUUUUGUACAGGGAGACUCUACUUUCUACUGCGUGUGCUCUUGUAUGUAGUCUGGCCAUGUUUGUGCGAGUCAAAGUAAACGGCACUGGAGAACAUUCACGUACACUUACUGACAAGAGAGAGGAGAAGAUGUUUACUAGUGUAAGACACAGUGACUGACAGAGUGGAACAAGUGCCCGGGAUGUUUAAGAGGUUUCUCCUCCUUCAGACUGAGUAUGGUUGAACUUCAUGAAGCCCCACCAUCACCUCAAGGAGCAGCAAUCCAGACCACACAUGUACUUUGUACUUUUCUUCAAGUGCAAAUAAAAUUUCUCUGUAAGGUUUUUGCUCAUCAUGUAUACUUUAAAGGUUCCUCACCCGCCCUGCCGGCCAACAGCCUCGCCUCACCCUGUCACGCCUGAGCCCCAUACAGUGUGUGAAUAAAUGGUCAUUGUUUA